AUGUCGACGCUGAAUGCAAGUUUCUCCAUCGGGUCCAUUGGCGACGUGACGACUCUGCUCGGUAUAACUCAUGCGCUUACCAAGAGGCUCUCGCGGGUCGAUUUGAUCUACGAGGAGCACAAAGCUCUACAGCGCGAGCUGCAGCUUCUCCAGAUCUUGCUGGUGCAAGUCUCCUCAUCCGCGCGGGUUCUUGGUAUGCGAGCCAGCGAGGACCUAGAGCGCAAUUUGAUGUCAUGCAAGACUCUAGUCAACUCGGUCCAUGUACGAGUGACGGAGAUUGCACACUCGCUCAGCAGCAAAGGAAGCAAGUCUUGGCCUGCCUUGUUCCGUAGUGCCGGUACGCGCAUGUUCGCCGAGGAGGAAGUGAGGAUAUACGCCGAGCAACUCCGUGAAGCACGGAUGAAGCUCUCGGUCGCCCUGGGGCUGUGUGCAGGUUCAAGUUCGGCCAGCAGGGACUCGCAUACCCCUGUGACGCUCACCUCCAGCAAAUCUCAGGUUGCGAUGUGUAACCCACGGACACUCGGGUAUCCCUGGGAAGGUGGUAUUGAGCGCGGGAAGGAGCCUGUCUGUGUCACCAGCGCGACUGGGGAAGAGAUUCUUGUGCCUUUCGAGUUCUGCACCAGUUUUCAGCUAUUGACGGACGUCAUGAAAUUAUCUAUAGGAAAUGAGCCGUGGUCGGAUAUGGCUCGGGCGGCGUCGUUCGUAUACUGCUCUGGAUAUGACGAUGAGGGGCUCGCGAAGAGUAUUCAUGUACUGGACGGCAAGCUCGUUACUUACGACCAAGCGUGGGCGGUGAUUACGCCUGGCAUGCGUCUCUCCCUCACCAUCCCAGUUGUCGUCAAGCUCUGUCCAGAAUCCGUGGACCCAGAGCGUGAUUGGCCUUUUUCCUUCCCACUUGCAGGCAGAUGGUGGGUGGAGACUCUACAGCAUAUGAUUUCGCUCGAGAGGCUUUUAAAGAGGUCAGUGCCACGAAAACCUAGCUACAUCGAAGCUCACAGAGUGGUGUGCAGCGACUACAGCGAGUAUAUACGAGAAGGCCUACGAGCCUUCAAGAUGACGGAACAAGGUCGACAACACCGCUACUGCCUGAGAUGCUAUGAUCAUUGGGAUAGACAGGUCGGAUAUACAGAGCUGAGAAAGGAGAGGACUUUGCAGCUCGACAGUGCAACCACUGGCAUCCCACACGACGCCGCGACGUCGCAGUUCAUAUCCACCUUUGACCCCCAACGGCUGAGGAGGGAUAGUGAUUUCGGCCAGCCCGCACGAAAUUGGACUGGUGCACGAGGGAAAAUUAGAUCGCGAGCAACGAACGCGUUUCGCCACAUGAUACAAGACAAGACGAAAGACUUGGAUGGUCACGCCGGCGACGAAGAGGUCUCGCGCCAACCAAGAUACAAGCUCCAUAAUCCUCUUGUCAUAUAUGAUAGUAUACCGAGGAUGGUCCCCGGAUUGGCUCGGAGCGGACGCAUCCAGGCGCGCGAGACGACAUACACCCUGCAUGUCUGUGCUGACAGCGAGGGACAGCGGAUGCCGCGACACAGCCAGAAGCUCCUCCCGGACGAUAUCCUGGAGGCCCUCGAGCCCCGGCAGGGACUGCAGCAGAAUAGCGGUGAUCUGCUCCGCGUGCUGAGCGAGCGUAUCGGCCAGGAGCUUUGCGAUCUGGUGCCAAGAAUCUGGGAUGCCAGGGGUGACUUCGCUCAUGGGAUCGAGAGCGGCAGGCCGGGAUACCGUCCACGUCUUAGCGAGUAUGGACACAUACCUUUGCAUUAA